UCACACUUUUGUUGAAUUUUUUUUCUUUGCUAUUGUUUCUUGUAAUACUAAAAUGUAUUAUAACUGAAAGAAGUUAGAGAAAAAUUCUUCCCUGGCCUCACCAGUUUAUUUUGCUCAGAAAAAUACAUCUAAACACAGAAAUUGGUAGGAAAACCUAGAGGUGGGUGUUGUACAUUCAUUGGCUUAAAACAUUUUUUUUAAACUUUAGGCCAUUUCUAUGUUAAUCGUGGCCCUCCAAAUGCCAUAGCAAAAUCAAAUAAAGACAGAUGGCCACAGUUAACCUUCAGAGCAAUGCCUCUGAUUUUCACUGAUUCAGACUCUGAAUCCAACCCUCAUCACCUCCUCUCAAAAAACUUACCCCUCUAGUAUCCCUGACCUCCCAUAACACAGGCAAAUCCAGAUCAGCAGUGAACCCUCUGAGUUAGGAUGGCAGCAGUUCUGUACCCCCACACAGCAAAACUAUGCUCCAUAGGGACUUUUGAAGUCAGUAAUGGCUGGGGAAGGAAUGGGACUGUUAGAAUCAUGGAUGCAUGUUAACUAACCAAGUCACACAUGCCCUUAACUCAUUCAAAUAAAAAUAUGCAGGAGGAGGUCUCAACUUGAGUCUGAGAUUUUGUUCUCCCUUCUGCUCUCCUUACAAUUCUCUGCAGAGCGCCCAAAUACUUGAGCUAUGGUCAGGAACUAGGAUUUGGUCCUUAGUACAGUUUCCACAGGGAGCUAAAAAGGUCAGUUUCACUAUCAUGGAACUUAUAUCCUCAUGUCUGUUGAGUGGUGGUGGAAACCUGCCCCAAAAGUAAAGUUGACCUAGCUUCUAUCACUUAGAGGCAUGAAAAAGUCUUCCCCCAAAACAAUGCAAAUUUUCUGUUGAUAAGAAACAACUCUCUCAUCAACAUAGCAUCCAUUUCUCAAUGAAGUGGUAUAUUUAUAUAGUCAGGAGAUCAGCAUAGCACUUCCUCACUAGAUCUGCUGAAGCUGCGCUGAUGUAGUGCAGACCUUCUCUUAGUUGUCAGGGGUUUUUUUCUGUUUUAAAUCAGUUGUGCUCAUGAGCAAUCCUCAAUUCUAGAAUGAAAUAGGACUUUUAUAAAAUACACGCAAUUUAAAUCAAUGUGGAUGAUUUCAACGUGUAUAUUAAGUUUUCUGUAUUUCAUCCCUAAGAAACUACAAUAAGAAAAAAAGGACUCACUUUCUUUUUUUAAGUAUUAAUUAAAAUGUAUCAUAUUUAAAAACAUUCAUAAAAAGGAUUAAAGCAAGCAAAGGUACCCAAAGAGUAAUUUUUUAUCUUGGGGAAUACUAGAUUACAUUUCAAUUGUGCCUGACCUGCUUAUUUGUCUGCUUCUAAUAUAGAGCCUGCUUAUUUGGCAGUUUCUCAAGUUACUCCCCUCAGGCAGCUUGAGCCAGUAAAACUAGAUCCUUUCAUCUCUGUGGAGCUUACUGACAACCAGCCGUCUGGUUUCCUAGGAAACAAAAUCUUGGCUAGAAAUAGUGAAUCAUUUCCAGGUCACUUUCAACAUGGAGAGUGGAGCAGGAAAGCAUUGGACAGAAGAGGAGGUUAAAGCCUUGCUAAGCAUUUGGUCAGAAAAAAACAUAAGACAGCAACUUCAUGGAACACUAAGGAAUAAAGGAAUAUUUAUCUACAUUGCUAAAAGACUACAGGAGUUAGGAGUUUGCAGAGACUGGAAACAGUGCCGUGCAAAGUAUAAAAAUCUGAAGUAUGAAUUCAGAACAGUUAAAUAUGCCCACAACUCUGGAGAUGCCACUAAAACCAUGAAGUUUUUUCAUGAUCUUGAUGCCAUACUACAAAAUGAACCAGUUACACAAUUAACAGAGGAUGAAAACGGCAGGUGUUCUGCUACUGAAAGACAGCUGAACAUAAGCACUACCACAGAGAACACUAAAGGUGAAAUGUCAGUUCCAUUAGAAGAGGAUGAGGAAGUCCCAGAGGAUCCAUUACUUUUUAUUUCACAUGUCAGACCAAUUGAACUAGGUAACCCAUACCUGUGUCUCUCCCCUACCCCAUCUGACGCAGGUAACACAGCAGCAAUAUUAGAGGCGUCCAAAAAUCUACCUUUUAUUCCAACGGUAGCAAAUGAAGGAGGAAAACACUGGACUGUCAAUGAAGUCAGAGCUCUAAUACAUAUAUGGUCAGACAAAAACAUACAGCAGCAACUUGAAGGGACAGUGAGAAAUAAAAGAAUAUUUGAACAGGUUGCUGCUAGGCUUCAAAAAUUUGGAAUUGAAAGGGACUGGAAGCAGUGCAGAACAAAGUAUAAAAACUUGAAACAUGAAUACAAAAGUGUAAAAAAUGCCCAAGACUCAGGGAAUACAAGUAAAAGUAUGAAAUUUUUUAAUGAACUGGAUGCCAUUCUGGGACACAACACUGGAAAACAAUCAAGCAAAUCAGAUAAUGAUGAAGGCAAGAGGUCUACAGAAUGGAUAGAAGCCAAAACAGAGAGAGACUCUUUAGAAAUGCCUGGAGACACAGGUGAAGAGGACUCUGUUAGUAAUGUGUCAGAAGAUCAACGGGUCACAGAUACAGUUUCUGACACAGUGCUCCCUGACAAAUGCAAUGAAGAAAAGCCUAUAAGCAAUCCUUUAGAAGAACAAGCUGCUACCCAUAUAAAGGAAGAAGAUGACAUUGAUAUAGAUGAAGUUUCUGUAACCAUGACUUCAGAGAAUCUGGAAGUGUCGCAUGUAGCAAGAGGGAAAGCUGAGACAAAAAUCUAUGAAAAUAAAGAGGAUUUCAUUAACUUUACUCCAGAAGACUUGGAAUCUACACAUAUAAAGAAAGAGACAAUUGACAUAGAUGAUGAUUCUGUAAGCACUACUUCAGAGGAUACAUCUGGCCCAUCAGUAGUGAAACAGAUAACUGAGACAGACAGUUUAACUCAUUUGGAUGAAACACAGAAUCACAUUAAGGUUAUUACAGUUCAUGACACAGGAUCAGGAAAACAUUGGAGUGAUAAUGAAGUCAGAGCUCUAAUAAAUAUAUGGUCAGAAGGGAAGAUACAACAAAUGCUUGAAGGAGCAACAAGAAAUAAAGAAAUCUUUGAGGAGAUUGCCAGAAGGUUAAUGAAAUUUGGCAUAGACAGAGACUGGAAACAAUGUCGCACAAAGUACAAGAACUUAAAAUACGAAUACCGUGCACUGCAAAAAGAAAAUGAUCAUCUUGGCAAUCCCAGAAAAAAGAUGAGGUUUUACGAUGAAGUCGACUGCAUCUUCAGUAGACAACCUCUAGUUGCAUCUAGCUGGGGAUGUGAAAGUUCUAAUCUCAUAUCAGAGUCAGUAGAAGACAUUAUCAUAAACACAGGACCUAGGGGUAUCAAGAGAAAAACAUCUGAUGAUGAAUCAUCACCCGGUCCACUUAAGAGUGCUUCUGAGAAAGCUGUAGUUCAGUUUCAAAGAAGUUUAACAGACAGAAUGCGUACAGUAACAGAAGGCAAACACACACUAUUAGGAAGACUUUAUAAACAGGAAGAAACACAAGGCAUCAGCAGAACACAGAUGUACGGUGAUCCUUCAGCUAUAAAACAGGUUGGUUAAACGACCUUUCUAUUGAACUAGCAUGCAAAAAGAAAAUACAAAUAAUCCACAGAGAUAAAGAUGGAAGAGGUCUAUUUGAUUAUCUAGCCUGUCCAUACUGGUGCAGGAUUACUUCCCUAGAAUAAGUUUGGGCUUGAGCUUUUGGGGUUUCCACAUCACUGCUUUUAGGAGAUUGACACAAGUUAGCAGAUUUAAUUGAAAGGAAAUUUUUCCUUAUUGUAAACCUAGAUUUUUCUUUGCUUUAAUUUCAUCCCAUCCCUUUUAGGAACACCUUUCUUGACCAUCUUAACAGUUCCUCCUCCUCUGCAUUCAUAACCUUUAAAUACUUGAAGGUUUUAUUACAGCUUCCUUUACCAAAGUAAGUGGGAAGUGAAAAUACAAGCUUCCCCUGAACAAAACAAAACCAUACUAAUGUAUUAUGUUAAUACUGUGCUGGCUUUCCUUAACCUGCAGACAGAAAAUUCCAGUGCCAGGGCUUUUGCUCAAACAGCAGAAUAAAUUAACCAGACUAGUUAAUUUUGCUACAACUGAUCAGAACCAAUGCCACCUUGCACUAGGGAUGUUAAGUAUUGUGUUUUUAUAUAAAUGUGUAACUGCA